GUGUAUUUUCUCCCGAAAACUGCUUUCGAUAUUUAGCUAUGCAAUUUGUAUUAGUGAAAGGUCAAAAGACAAAUCCGUAGCUAGCUGCCAAGAUCUUUGAAGGAAAUAUGGAUGGAAAUACAGACUUUUCUGGCGUUUCAGAUGAAUGCACGGCAGAAUACAUUCUCAGUAAUGUGGCAGAAGUAGUGGAGAGAAUUUUGACGUUUGUACCAACCAAAUCCCUGCUCCAAAUUGCGUGUGUUUGCAGACUGUGGAUGAACUGUGCACGGAGAGUACUGAGGGUCCAGCAGAAGUUAACGUGGGUGUCUGCCUCUGGACCGUCCAACUAUGACGGCCAUGCUCUCUGCCACAGCCUGGCUGAAGAAGUGGAGAAUGUAUACCUGCUGCCCAAAACAGUCUUGGUUAUGGUGGACAGCGAGACCUUCAGUGGACAAGACUCUUGCUACAAGCAGAAAAAGGCACGCAAGACCCACCACAGUCCAGACUCAGUGGAGGAACUGAACAGGCUGUUCCCCAAUGGAUGUGACAUCAUGGCCAUCGCCACUCCUGGUGUUGUUUUAACUCCCAGUGGCUCCCACUCGGGUCCACCGAAAGAGUUCCAAGAAGGAGAAGCUGGCUACGCUAUCAUGUUCCCUAGGAUGGAGGGAGUGGACAUCCGCCCCUUUCACUUCUGCAAACGCACCAUCUCAGAGUCACACCUGGAGGAAGCAGGGCUGGUGAAUAACCCUGAUCUGCGUGUGGUGCUGCUCUUUGGCUAUGAAGCCUACAAACCCGGAGCAGCCCGCUUCCUUAACCAGGUCCUGGAGCCUUUGGCUCGCAGCAAGGCUCUCAUCGCUGGGGGCCAUGUGGAGAAUGUCUUCUCCCCUGAAAGAGAGUGCUGUGGCCGGGGGUCGUACGGCGUGGUGGGUCUGGCUCUGAGCGGUCCAAGGAUCCAGGGGGCCAGUGUUCUCCUGGAGCAGGACGUGAGCAGCCCCAAGGCAGCCGAGGCCACCAUACGGAGACUGAAAGCAGCCAACCUCCCAGAGAGGAACACCCUGGGCUUCAUGUUUGCCUGCGUGGGCCGCGGACACAACUAUUACAACAACCAACGUAACGUGGAGGCUGACACCUUCCGCAAGGUGUUCCCCAACAUCCCACUGUUUGGCUUCUUUGGUAACGGGGAGAUCGGGUGUGAUCGUAUCGUGAAGGAGGACUAUACUCUGUGUGACACGGAUACGGACAGUCUGCAGCAUGGAUACACCACUGUUAUGACCCUAGUUCACCUUGGCUGAGGAGUCCAUGGUCAUAUUUACAUUCAAACUACAGUUUGUUUUGUUCACUUCAGGUUCCUAUUGAUUAGGUACGAAACGGAAGAAACCGGAAGAAGCAGAGAGGUACCAUCUUAACUGAUCCAAUAAGAAACACCUGUUUUACAUUGCAAAAUGUUUUGAAACGGUGUGCCCUAAUGAAUACAAACCUGGUGUCAAGUUCAGAAGACUGUCUGCACGUAACAAUCAGGAUCAACAACAUUUUGGUUGUAGAAUCUUGUUAUCUCUCAGUCAUGGUGGUAUGUGAUGCUGUUUGAAGUGGAUUACAACAUGUAGAUGUCUUUUUGUUGUGUUCAACUUUUCCCAAUGUAAAGUUUUAACUUUGUCAAUUUUGGGGGGGAAAUGCAAUGUUUUAUCUGCUGCAAUAGAGGCAAAUAGUUACUUGAUCAUGCAUUGAUCAGUUUGAAACUUGAAUAGGAAAGAUUGCUGAUAUGUUAGUGAGUUUAACAAGGUGCUGAUGGGAAUCAGAGAAGAAAAUACUGUCCAUUCAUCUCAGUCCUCUGUUACAAAAUAAUACAGUGGACUUCCCCAUGUAAAACACAUAUAUAUUAUCCUGAAUUACUCACCAAAUGUUAUGCACAUAUUCAAAACAUAUAACUGAAACUAACUAAUAAUCUUGACCAGAUGGUUUCUUACACCUUAUAGUGAAAAGUUACUGAUACUUCAUGUCCAAUUAACAAAUUAUAAUUGUUAUUCAUUAUUAUAAUUGUAGAGAUUACCGAUCAGGCACUUUUUAGUUAAGAAGAUAAGGAAAGUAAUAUGUUUUGAACCUUUGAGAAAAAUUCAGUUUGUCUUGAUUUCAAUGUUUUCUCCUGUAUGUGCUUUGACACAUGCCCCUCUUUUAGUGUUAGAUAUGGAGAAACCCUUUUUGAAAUGCAAUUAAAUCCUGGCCUAUUCCUACUACCUUUUAUAAGACUAUUUCACACACUGGGCAAGCAUUACUUUUACAAAGACAUUUACUUGAAGAACAGAAUAGUGGGGCGGCAGGUAGCCUAGUGGUUAGAGCAUUGGGCCAGUAUCCAAAAGGUUGCUAGAUCGAAUCCCCGAGCUGACAAGGCUGACUGUUCCUAGGCCGUCAUUGUAAAUAAGAAUUUGUUCUUAACUGACGUGCCUAGUUAAAUAAAAAAAGAUGCAAAGUUUGGUAACAGAAUGAGGGUUUGUGCUGUUAUUGUGGAAUUGCCUCACUAUUUACUCAAAUGGAUUCCGUGGUUUAGAUAAAAUCUUUCUCUGUUGUGUCGUUCUUCAUACUAUCUUGUAAGGUCAUAUUUGUUGCUUCAUUGGAACUGAUGGUUUUAAAUUGUGUGUUAUUUUACGUGUUCCACUCCCAAACAGGGUAUUCCCACCAUUGUGUGAUAAACAUACCAUGUACAAACA